AUGUUAAAUCUCCCGUCCACAGACGAGCUGUGUGAGCUGAAGGUGGAGAAGCCGAUCACGUUGACAGAAACGCUGACGGCCAAAGAGAGGGAGUCUCUGGAGGAAAACUACGACAAGGAGGAGACGGCGGGAGACGGGGAGAAAGGCCAGCAGGAGGAAGAGAGAGAGAAGGAGGUGAGGGAGGAGAAGGGGGAGGACGAAGAGCUCGGAGGAGGAGCGAAGGAUGAAGAGGAGGAGCUGGAGGAGCUGAGAGCUCAGGUGCUACAGCUGCUGCUGGAGCUGGAGGAGACCAGGGAGGUUUCCCAGAGACAUGAGGAGAGUUUCAUGGAGCUGCAGGGUCUGCUGGACGAAGAGCGACUGGCGAGCGCCCACCAGGCCGAGAGUUUCACCAGACAGAUCCAGAGACUGCAAGCCCAGCUCCGGUCGGUCCAGGAGGAGAUGGACAGUCUGGAGGAGGAGAAGGAGAGCGAGCUGGAGGAGGUGCAGGAGGAGCUGCGCUCGGCUCAGGAGGAGGUGCUGGUGCUGCAGCAGGCGGCCGAGGAGGCGGCGGCGGAGAGGGAGAACGACAUCGCCUCCCUGCAGGAGGAGCUGUGUCGGCUGAGGGCGGAGCUGCAGCGUCUCCACGCCACGGCGCAGGAGUACGAGCUGGAGAUCACCACGCUGAGAGCCGAGAUCAGCAUGAAGAGCCAGAACACAGAGACUCUUUCCCACGGUGAGAUGAGUCAGCUGAGGGACGAACUCCUCGCGCUGACGGACGAGCGUCAGUCUCUGACCAGCCGCAACCAAGAGCUGAGCAGCAAAGUGGAGCAACUGCAGCGGCAACGGGACGCGUGUGAUGACGUGUACCUGGCAGUCAGAGUGGAGGGCCACACCGAGUGUGAGCGGGAAGACCGGAUGAAGCCGGACUCUUACAUCACUCUGUCCCAGUCCGGUCCCGAACGCCAGGACCGACCCCCAGUCCAGGAGAGGGUCUGCAGCUCAGAGCUCAACGUCCUGAAGGUCCAGCUCAAAGAGGCCGAGGAGACGGCUCAGAAAGUUCAGAGAGAGUGUGACGGUUUGAAGGGCGAGCUGGCGGAGCUGCAGCAGCUGUACGACAGCAGCCGGCGGGAGCGGGCGGCGCUCGACCAGGAGCUGCAGCGCUGCAGGGCCGAGCUGCAGAAACUGGUGGGCAGGAAGUCACAGCAGACUGACGCUGAAGGCUGGAACCUGGCGGUGGCAGCGGUGGCUGUGGCAGCCAUCGUAGUUCUGGUCGUCCCCAGCUUCACCAGGGCCUGA